GUCAGUACUGAAUAUUGAUAAUUGAAAAAACAAAAAUCAGAUCUAAGGGAGGCAAAAAAUACAAACGAAUAAAAUAUAAAUGAAAUCGACAUCUCUUCUAGAUAAAUCUCUAGAUCUAGAUCUACUCUAGAGUCUAGAUCUAAAAUGAUUAAAUCUAGAAUUAGAUGUUCCUAGUUCGGUGUUGAAAAUAAGAUAAUCUGUAGAUGAUACUAGUCACUAGGCUGCCUACUGACUAGACUCUAGGGACUCUAGAUAUUUUAAAGUUGGCAGUCUUCCCUAGAAACUGAAAACAUGGCCGAAGGAGGCAGUGAUUGUUUUCAAUAUAAAUUUCAAGUUGAAGAAGCAACAGAGGGAACAGACGGAGAGGUAAUUAUUAUCUACAACAAUGGUGAGGAAAUCACACCGGAGAUCCUGGCUAAAACACUGGAGGAGCUCUCCACUCAUUUAAGUUUACAAAGAAUGGCCACCCAAAAUCAAAAUCCUGUGAUUACAACUGAAACUGAUUCUGACGUUUGUCUUCCCAUUGAUGAUAUACACUUGAACAUACAGCUUGAUUCUAGCAUGCUGGAUAUCCCUGUAAUAAAAGUUGAGCUUCCAAGAGCUCCCGAAGAGAUGGUGGAAGGGAGUUUAUCACAAGAGAAUGCUAAUCCUGAGAUGCUUGUAGAUCUUACAAGCCAUCAAAAAGACAGCAAAAGUGUAAUAAAUGUGGACACUAUACAGAUAAUAAAAGAUGAAAGUAAUCAAGAAAUUUAUCCUAAAUCAGAUGCACCUCUUGAUGCAAGUGCACCUGAUAAGACUAUUUUAACAUUACCCAUAAUUCCUACAGAAGAAUUCCCUAUGAAAGAGGAAAUGAUGUCAGAUGAAGAAGAAGAAAUUUUGAGUAGUUACCCCUGUGACAAAUGUGCCUUUAUUUCUCAAACGGAAAGAGACUACCAAAGGCACCAGAAGCAAGAGCAUAAAGAAAGAAAUCCUUUUAUUUGCAGGUACUGUAACAAAGCUUUUCAACUGGAACUGAGUCUUUCCAUUCAUAAGCUGGGGCAUAGCCAGAAAAUGUGCAGCGUCGGCUCAAAUGACAUUUACAAAGUGCUGAAAUAUUUUACUUGCCCCCUGUGCGAGUUCCAGUAUCAAAGAAAAAGGCAGCUUAACACUCACAUGAAAACCCAGCAUGAUAGCAAGACUUACCUUUUAUGUUGUAAAUGUUAUUAUUCUUGCUUAACGGCAGAUGAGCUGGCACAGCAUCUCUCAUCGUCAGCUCAUGAUGAAGAGGGUCGUACAAACUGUCCCUUGUGUGGCACGGCAACUAAGGACAUUAGGCAACAUUUGCGAAGAACUCACAAUGAAGACAGGCCAUUCUUGUGCACGCAGUGUGGCUUCAAGGCCAAGACGGCCACCCAUUUAAACAAUCACAUGGUGAUACACGAUCCAGUCAAGCGUGUCCAAUGCGACCUUUGUUCAUACAAAUGUCGCACAAAGGACCAGCUAAAGAAGCACCUUGUUAAACAUUCCUCUGAGAAAGAAUUUAAAUGUAACCUCUGCCCUUUCGCAUGCAAAACAGGCAUGAGCUUGAAGCGGCAUAUGCAUAUACACGAGACGCCUAAUAAAUAUGUGUGCAACAUAUGUGAGUAUACAACCCAUGACAAGCUUAUCUUGCGUAAACACAAAGCCCAGGAACACAUACUCAAGGCGUCCUAUAAAUGCAGGCAGUGUGACUGCCAGUUCGAUAGAGUGGUUGAACUAAAGAAACAUGCACUUGCAGAGCACAAGAGUGAGAGAACUCAGUUCUGCUCCUAUUGUGAUUUCGCUGGCCUGACCCCAGCAGAGCUGAGGACUCACAUGCAGACCCAUUUCGGAAAGUUCUCCUACACCUGCAAUGUAUGCGGCUACAUGUGCCGACUCAAGACAUCAUAUCAAAGACACAUUGAAAGACACAGUAAGGUUAAAAAGUUCAUGUGCACCAUCUGCAGCUACGCCAGUGUCGAGAAAUAUGACCUUCAAAAGCAUUAUGUGCACCGCCAUUCGGAGGACAAGCCCCUCUCUUGCCCUUACUGCCCUUACCGCUGCAAAUUUAAGCCCAGACUUAACAACCACAUUUCUUACGUUCACACUGAUAUUAAACCAUUCUUUUGCAAACUUUGUCCCUACACUGGCAAAUCGGCAGAGAAUUUGAAAAAGCACAUGGCCAACCAUGGCGUGGUUCUCAAAACUUUGCGGUGUGUUCUUUGCGACUAUGCCACCGCAGAGAAAGCAAAACUGAAAAGACAUAUGAAAGUUCAUGUCAAGAAGGCCGUUUUUCAGUGUCGCAAAGUGGCAUUUUAAUUAGCAGCAUUUAUGAAAUUGUUUUGUUAAAACUUUUCCUGUAUAAUGAUUUCAGGUUUUUCAUUGCAGACAAGUUUUAGUAAUAUUAAAGAGCUCUACUGAUACA